AUGGCGGACAUUUCCGAGCUGACGGAUACCACUAAUGGAUCUGUCCUCACCAACAUCGGUGAUCGAGUCAGGGUGAAGGAGAAAGCUCGCGAUGUCGGUCUUGCCCUACUUCAGGAGAUACCAAAAGUUCUCCAACCCAUUUCGAACCGCAAUCACAAGCAAGAUGUGAAAGACUGGGAAACUAACCUCCAGAACUUGAAGCGUACAUCUCAGUCUCGAGAAAUCCUCGUCGGUAUCCAAGGCGAAACAGGCCUUGGGAAGAGCUCACUGCUUAACGAGCUUCUCCGGUGUGAUAUUGUCCCCACGUCCCAAGAGGAGGCUUGCACAGCAGCCGCAUGUAUCUACAGAUACAACCAUGAAGUUGGUGGAAACAAGCGCUAUAUGGCUAGGAUCACGUUCAAGAGUUGGGCCACUGUGGAAGCUGAACUAGAUGGCCUUAAGGAAGAGCUUUUAGACUCCGACAAUCAUCAUGAAGCUCAAGACGACGAUCCAGACUAUGACGGAGGUUAUAAUUACUACAUCGAUCAGCACAUCCACAUGGUUUGCGCUUGGUCUGGUCUGAAUGGAGAAGAUAUCCAAAGACUAUCAUCAAUUGAGAUCAUGCAGAAGGGUAACUUCAACAAGAUUCGCGGCCGAGGAACUCGAUGGACCAGCGACGAGAAAACUUGCGAGAAGACCAUCACGGCUCCAAAUGGCAACCAGUUCAAGAAGAUUCUUAAGCUGUACGCAGAAAGCUCAAAUCUCAGAUCACACCAGACUCAGUACUGGCCUUUGGUGGAACAGGUUGAGGUCUACUUGAAGGCUCCGAUUCUCCGUCAUGGAAUCAAACUUGUGGAUCUCCCGGGUACUCAGGAUGCUCUAGCUUUCCGGGCAGAAAUCGCAGAGACGUUUCAGGAUCGGCUGAUGAAGCAAAUUUUUGUCACUCCGGCAUCCCGCGCAGGAGACAACAAGGCAGCUGCAGACCUCAUCUUCACGGAGAAUGACUUGAUGAAGUUUCAUCUAGACAACAAGUUCAAGUCCAACUCCCUCUGUGUGGUGAUUACCAGGAUCGAUGACAUCAAUACCAGAAAUGCCACUGAAGAGUUUCCCACUGAGGAGAUUAUAGAGCUGCACGCCCGUCUGAGAGGUCCUCCACCCGAGGAGUCUGAAGAUGAGGAGUUUGGCUCCGAUCCCGAAGACUAUACUCGAGUGCAUUUCAAUCACAGCAGCAAUAAGCGCAAGUCUACUUCCGCUACUUCAAAGAAUGUCAAGAGACAGAAAAAUGACUCACAUGAGGCUGAUGAGCCCCGCACGACGACUGGGCGGAGUGAGGCGCAGAAAGCAGGAAAAGAGGCAAUGGAAGAGGAUGAAUCUCUGCUGACCUAUCUUUGCAUUCAAGAACGGAACCGCAGAAUGGUCCAGAACGUUGCUGGAAGCCUGCUGAAGGCCGCAGAGAAGCACUCAUCGUCUGAGGCUAUUGCCUCAUCGAUACCCGCGGUCUUCCCGGUAAGCAGUCACGCCUAUAAUGAGAUCAAGAAUGGCAGAGAAUUCAAGGGUUUCCCGGACACCGACUCUACAGGUAUUCCAGCUUUGGGUUCCUGGCUUGGCGAUAUAUCUCUACCCAUCAGGGAGGAAUGGGUGGAUAACGAUAUCCACCAUAUCCAGGUGCUCUUCGAUGCAGCGUAUGGAUGGACGCAUGAUGAUUUCAAUACUCUGCCCACUCUAACUACAGAUGAGAUAAAGAAAAUUCGACAAGCCGUUCAAGAUAUCAGCGAUAGUUUCAAGCACAUUACAAAGGACCUGAGAAGAAAGAUACAAAGCCAGCUGAUCUGCAUGAAGCCAUUGCGUAAGAAGAAUCUCAGAAAUUCGGCUCAAAUCAAGACCGAUGAAACUGGAGAAGCUCAAUUGGAAAGAUCAUUCAAAAACCUCGCGCAUUCCGUCAAGGGGUGGGAGAAGAAGAACCCGAAAGGACAUGCUUCUUCCGCGGGUAAAGACGAGAAGUUGCACUGGACCACCUACAAGGCUUGUACCAAGAGAUGCGGCAGUCUCUAUAGGCCUGUUCCGAAGAGGGGUGUCGCGCGACGGAACAUCAACUGGAUGGCAGAUGUGCACACAUCAUUUUGGCGAGGUCAUCAUGAAAAGUGGCAAACCGCGUUCUCACGAGUCUUUCCUACGAUCAAGAACAAGGUUAGGGGAACGGUGCACGGGGAAUUUGAUAAAUGGAUCAAGCUUUUCGAGAGCAGCGAGGAGCUUCCAACCCCAUUCCUGCACAUGGUCAGGAAAAACUCUUACAAGAUGGAAAACAUCUUCCUAUUAUUCACGGACAAAAUCUUGACCAGCAUGAACACCCUUCGCCACAGGGCUUCGAGAAUGUCUAAAAUUGACGUUCUGAGCACGCUGGCUAAGGAAAUGAAGCCGGGUUUCGAAGCGGCGUUCAAGAAGAAGGGCAAAGGAAUCAUGAAGAAGCAGUCGGAAGAGAUUUCCAAACACGCAACUAACGUGGGCCUAGCCAUGUUUGAGACAGUGCGCGACGACCUAGAAAGGAAACUGAGGCACGAAGUACACGAGGUGGUUCUCGCCACCAAGGGUCAUUGGGAUGAUCCCAAGGACGGAUGCGGCGCUAUGAUGCGGAAGGAGUUCAAGCGCAUCGCUACUCGUCUCUGCGCCAAGAGAACCAUGAAGAACGAGGACAAUAGCAGCAACGAGGAGACCGAGAAAAGGCUUGUCGAUCUUAUUAGCCUCUGGCGAAAGGAAUGGCAUUCGGUACAAUCGCGGCUUCCUCAGGCUGCACCAUUGGUCGUUUUUGAUGACCACGACGAUGAUGAGAUUGACGAGUUUGCCAAGGAGGAUGAGAUUGCUGAGGCAAAGGCGCGCGAUACGAUUGUUCCCAAGACAGAGCCUGAUGAACACAAGGAUUGA